UAGCUACGACAAAAUUUAUCAUUAUGAUCAAGUACUUUAUUUGAUAGGACAAAUAAAAUAGUACUAUAUUCAAAUAUAAUGCUAUGGAUAUUCUACUUAUGAAUACAAGUGGUUCAAGCAGUGGACAUGCACAAGAAAGAAGAGCUGAGAUAUGUAAAAUAAUCAAAGAAGUAAAACCGAAAGUGGUGUUGUUUCAAGAGUUUAAAUGGAAAUCUAUUCGUGGCAACCUCUGGGGAAUAAAUGAACUUCCCGACAAUUAUCGCCUUCUGGGCAAUACAGAAGCAGCAAUAGUGUUUGAUAAAGACAAUGUUGAUGUGAUAGCCAUUCCUGCGCAUUUGACUGAUGAGAUCUUGCUCUCUAAGAAGCACUUUCCGACGAAUUUUAAUCCGCGACCGAGAAUGUGCAUUUGCCUAAUAGGUAAUAAAUGUCACAAGGGAUUAAGAUUUAUAUGCGUGUCUUGGCACGGUCAACAUACAGGUCUAAGUCUAGAAAAGAAAAGAAUGCAUUUUCAGAAACUGCUGGAAUUCGUUUUAGAGAUUGGAAACAAAUAUAACACUCCAAUUAUGAUCGGUGGAGAUUUCAACAUAAAUAAAGAUCAAAUUUCUGAUAUUGUUAAAAAAGACAGUAACUAUGAAAUGUGCAAUUAUACGCCUUCACAGCGUAGAUCAACAAAAGUUAUAGAUUUUUUCAUAAAAUCAAAUCAUCAGUGUUUCCAAGUUUUGUCUACAAGCCAUCUUGCUUUGCCGAAAGAAGCCAUUUGUCUGUUUGAUCACGAUCCACUUCUUUGCAAAUUACAAUAUGAUGUUGACAAUCAAGUGUCAUCAUCCUCAUCAUCGUCGUCUUCGUCUUCAUCGAGGUCUUCAUCAUCAUUGUCGUCUUCGUCUUCAUCGACUUCAUCGUCAUCAUCAGCAUCUUCGUCAUCAUCAACGUCGUCGUCAUCAUCGAGGUCCUCGUCAUCAUCGUCGUAUUCUUCGACUACUUCGUCAUCAUCAGCAUCUUCGUCAUCAUCGAAGUCUUCGUCAUCUCGUCGUCUAGGUCAUCAUCGACGUCUUCGUCAUCAUCGACAUCUUCGUCAUCGUCAUCAUCGACAUCUUCGUCAUCAUCGACAUCUUUGUCAUCAUAGACGUCUUCGUCAUCAUCAUCGUCGCAGGAACUGAGUCUAAAUUCAUUUAUAACCAGUACAACGUUGCACUCUGUCAGAUCAGUAUUACUAUGAUUAUCCAUAUUAUGUUGUCUACCGAAACAGUUAUAGGCGAUCUUUGUCGGAUCUUAUUAAAAGAGAAACAUAUGCACCAUCUGAAAUGCUGUCACAUGUAAUGAAAUGGAAAAGUUAAACCCACUAACAUUCAUUCAGAAUGUCGGUAAUAUGUUGGUAAUAUGAACACAGCUUACAAAUAUAAUAUUCUUAAAUCAGUAUUUCUUGCACAACAAAAAUAAAGUGAACAUUGAUUUAAUAAUAAA